AUGUCAAAAUCCAUCGUGAGAUCUCAGAUAAAGAAAUGCCUCUCACAGCUAUCAAUUGAUUACAUUUCGCAUCAGUCCAAUCACAUUGCAUCGUUGUUGCUCACGCUACCGGAAUAUCAGAAUGCAUCAAAGAUUGCACUUUAUAUGAAUAUGCCACACGGGGAAGUGCAGACCCUUCCUUUGAUAAGGAAGAUUUUUGAAGAUGGCAAAAGGUUAUUUCUGCCUCGCAUCACAAAGCUAGAAGAUGGAUCGUUUCAAAGGUUUCCUGGUCAGAAAUCUUAUCUGCAAAUGCUGGAAGUGCCCAAUUUGUCUCAAGUUUUAACUCUCAAACCCAGAGGGGUCUACAAACUUUUGGAGCCAGAAUCUAAUUCGGGAGUGAAUGGCUUGGAGUCAGGAAUUGAUAUUGUGGUUCUUCCUGGUGUUGCCUUCACCAAGGAUUGUUACAGGAUGGGUCAUGGGGCCGGUUUCUAUGACGAUUACAUCAAGAGAUACCAAGAAUCUACUGGCAAUCCGAGACCACUGUUGAUUGGGAUAGGCCUGAAAGAGCAGUUGGUGGAUUCCCUGCCAAUCGAGGCGCAUGAUGAAAAAUUGGACUAUGUAUUGAUUGACAGUGACAUUUACAGACGGUCAUCUUAA